ACUCAGUUAUCCUCUUCUCUUCUCACACUACUCUCAUACACAGCUCCCUGCUUCUCUCAAGCAACAUAAUUACCAUGAAGCACUUGUUUCCAACUCUGCUCCUUCUCUCCCUUCUCCUUCACUCCUGUUUCUCACAACCCACCACGGAUGGUGCAGGUUUCUGCGGCCUUAAGUGUUCAAAGAGGUGCUCAAAAGCAGCAGUGCUGGACAGAUGCAUGAAAUAUUGUGGGAUCUGCUGCCAGGAAUGCAAGUGUGUGCCUUCUGGGACGUAUGGGAACAAGCAUGAGUGCCCUUGCUACAGAGACAAGAAGAACUCCAAGGGCAAACCCAAGUGCCCUUGACUCCAUCAUCGUCUUUAUAUAUGUUAGAAGAGUGGUAGAGAAGUUAGUUUGGUGCUGGUGAAUAAGAGAGAGAUGUGUUGUUCUAGACUUCUGGUCUUGUUGGGUGUGAUCAUGGAAAUAUGCUAAUUAAUGAAAAAUAUAUUCUAUAUUUUUAUUUUUCA